UUUUUCCUCCGUAAAGUUAAGUUGGACUUUCCUUCACCUCAAAAUCUAUUUUUCCUUGCCUCGUUUCGCGCGGAUUUCCGCCUCCUGAAUCGGAACAGUUCGGAAAGCAAGCGACAGAAUUUUUCAAAUUGAUUUCGGCAUAAAACUGCGGUUAUGCAUACGAGAAAUUUCUUAGCGAAUCAGUUUGGACCAAUGGCUCAACACUUUCUGAAUUCUGUAAUGCAAUCUGGUGCCAGGAAAAUGUCGAAUGUAUCGGCUCGUAAGUGCCCCUUCAUUUCCGAAUUCAGCACUAACUUCCUGAAAAACUAUGCCUCGUCUAUGAUCAAAAUCUAUGCAAAUCAGUGUCCAUUCAUGAGGCACUAUGCAACUAUCAUCCAGUCACCUGAUGUUGAAAACAUCCAGUUGGAGAAUCAGCCGAAGAGCAAAUGUCCAUUUAGUAAGUCUCAAGGAAAGGUGGAAGUCGAUGCCACUGCUUGCCCUAUGAAAGAAGAGCAUACGAAUGAAUUCAAGUAUGAGGAUUUCUUCCGUGAAGAAAUAGCCAAGAAGAAAAGGGACCAUUCUUACCGAAUAUUUAAGAAAGUCAAUCGGAUGGCUGAUAACUUUCCUAUGGCAAAUGAGUUCACCAACCGGAAAAAGAAAGUGAUCAUUUGGUGCUCGAAUGACUACUUGGGCAUGAGCAGCCACCCGACUGUUCGACGAGCUGUCAUUGAUGCAGUUCAAGAAUUUGGUGCCGGUGCUGGAGGAACUAGGAACAUCUCCGGCAAUUCAACCAUGCAUGAAGAACUGGAAAAAGAGCUGGCUGCAUUUCACCAGAAAAAAGCAGCCUUGGUUUUCACUUCUUGUUACGUGGCUAAUGAUUCAACUCUGUAUACAUUAGGGAAGCAUUUGCCAAAUUGCCACAUCUUUUCUGACUCUGGAAAUCAUGCAAGUAUGAUACAAGGGAUAAGAAAUUCAAGGUGCACCAAACAUAUUUUCAAGCAUAAUGAUCCUCAAGAUUUGGAAGAAAAACUUCGGUCUGUGGGCAGGGGUGUUCCGAAAAUUGUGGCCUUUGAAACUGUCCAUUCUAUGUCCGGUGCGGUCUGUCCUUUGGAAGAACUUUGCGAUAUAGCUCAUAAAUAUAAUGCUCUUACUUUUGUUGAUGAGGUUCAUGCUGUUGGUUUAUACGGAGAAAAUGGGGCUGGCAUUGGCGAGAGAGACGGAGUAUUACACAAAAUGGACAUCAUAUCUGGAACACUUGGAAAAGCUUUUGGAAAUAUUGGAGGUUAUAUUGCUGCUUCCGAGACGAUUGUUGAUAUGAUUCGAAGUUAUGCAGCCGGAUUCAUUUUUACGACUUCUUUGCCACCUACAGUUUUGAAAGGAGCGCUGGCAUCUUUACAAGUAUUAAAGAGCGAUGAAGGACGUCAUCUGAGAGCGAAACACCAGGAAAAUGUUAAAUACUUGAGGAAAGCUUUACAGGAAGCUGGAAUUCCAGUUGUUCACUGUCCGAGUCACAUAAUUCCAGUUCACGUUGGCGAUCCACUUUAUUCUACUAAGGUAUCAGACAAGUUGCUUACUAAGUACGGACAAUAUGUACAGGCAAUUAAUUAUCCAACCGUUCCACGUGGAGAGGAAAAACUGAGAAUUGCUCCAACUCCUUUUCAUACAAAAAUACAGAUGGAUAAUUUCGUUGCUGAUCUCUUAGAGACUUGGCACUCAAUGGGAUUGCCACUUUAUGAAAAGGCUUGUCCUGAAGAAUGCGAAUUUUGCAAAAAGCCUCUACUUUUUGACUAUUACGAAUCAAGAAUUCUCCCAUGCGGUGGUCGUGGAGGAUGUCCACAAGCUGCUGUCUCAUUUUCGUGAACAAACCAUAUCGAGCCAUCGCUGGAAUAACACUGGAAUUGAAAUCUCUACAUUUAAAUAAUAUUGUAUUAAAGCUUUUAAUUAAAUGCCUAUUUUUUAUACUUA